AUGGCGGCACCAGCAACCCUUCCAGCACUGCUGGAUGCUCUUACCAAGUCGAUAUCGACCACUCUUGAAGCUGCGCCAAAACUCACAAACUUCGAACUACCAAAAGACGGCAUCUCCCUCCUCGACGUGAAGAACGAGCUGCUCCUCUCCUACCUCCAGAAUCUCGUUUUCUUAAUUCUUCUGAAGCUGCGCCAGGCGAGAAAUGGUGGAACCAAGGACCAGGAAGAGGAACAGAACCUCGAUGACCUCGUAGUCAACAAACUCGUCGAACUUCGACUCUAUCUCGAGAAGGGCGCCCGGCCACUCGAGGACAAGCUGAGAUACCAGAUUGACAAGGUGCUCCGAGCUGCCGAUGACGCGGAAAGGAGUACAAGGGCGGCAGAGGAGGCAGCGGCUGCCAAUGUCGAGUCCGAGUCGGAAGCUGGCAGCGACAAUGAAGGAGAGGAGGUCAAUGAACUCCACGCUCGCGCUUCUGCCGCUUACCAGGCCCGCGCCAACCUCUCCGCAAUCACUCGCCCGGCUGGUGCGAAAUACGCGAGCAAGGAGGGAGACAAGUCCGGAGUGUACCGCCCACCCAAGAUUUCAGCAACCUCGAUGCCCACGUUCGACAGGCGCGAGAAAAAGGAGAAGCCUAUGAAGUCGGCCACCCUCGACGAGUUCAUUCAAGACGAAAUGUCAUCUAUCCCAAUGGCCCAACCCAGUAUUGGUACCACGAUUAUGCAAGGUGGUCGCAAGAUCAAGACUGCUUCUGAGCGCGCCAAGGAGGAUGAGAGACGCGAGUACGAAGAACGGAACUUUGUCCGUCUGCCCAAGGAGAGCAAGAAGGACCGCAAGAAGAGGGGUUUGACCGAGGGCCGCCGGAUGAAUUAUGGUGGUGAGGAAUGGAGAGGCUUGAGCGAAGGGCUGGACAGAAUCAGCCAGUUGACGCGCGGCAAGAGCUCCGGUGGUGGCACCAAGGCGCUAUUGGAAAAGAGCCGAAAGAGAGGCAUCGAUACCGUGGAUGGCCCGCGUGGCGGCGGCGGCGGUGGUGGUGCUGACAUGGGUGAAAGAUACCAAAAGAAGUUGAAGAUGCUGGAAAAGGGCCGCGGAAGAAACAGGAAGUGA